CUAGCUCCACUCCAUCUUAACUCGACAAGCGUGCCUGUCAUAUAGCGCUCUCUUGAAUGUAUUGUAUACGUCAACUGGUAGUCAGCCGAGAUGGGACAAAAUAAGAUGAAUGUAAUUUUUCUUCAAUCUGGAAAACCGUGAUAUUUAGUCAGGUGAAAGGUAAAAAAGUCUCGUUUAAUUUCGAGAUUCUUGUUUAAAUGGGAGAGUUGUUUGCUGGCUGCUCAGGCUAACCGAGUAACGUUACCUUCGCUGUAUGUCUGCUUGCAGCGCGCUGUGAUGGUCGUGGUGUUAAUGAUGGAAUCGCAAUGCGAGUAUUUUAUGUAUUUCCCGGCCGUCCCCAUCUCAGACCUGUCGGACCCGGCCAAAUACCGCACGCUCCCGCGUCGCAGUCACCUUUAUCUCGGGGAAACCGUGCGCUUUCUGCUGGUUUUGCGCUCUCAGGGCGUCGCGUCGGUGUCGGGGUCUGACGGAAGCGGCUCGGAGCAUCACAGCAGUCGCUCUUGGAGGGAGCUGGCCGGCUCUCUCUGCGCCGUGGCCAGCGUUAGCCCUGGCGACAACCGGCAAAGGACACAGCCUCUGUAUCACGACUACCACAGCAGCGGGGACGAGUGUGUGGAGGACACGGACGAUGGUGAUGCUGCGGAGGUGGGCUGCGCAGGUCGAGGGGGCCCGAGGUACCGCGGUUUCAGGGAGUGCAAGCCGCUCCUCAUUCACAACAACCCCGGCAACGGCGUGAGGGAAUUCCGCAAGGCUCCUUUACAGUCUCCUGUGGAUGAGCCAGUUGUUUUAAGCGAUGAGGUCAUCUUCCCCCUGACAGUGUCCCUGGAUAAGCUUCCUGUCAACACUCUCAAAGUGAAGAUUAUUGUAACUGUGUGGAAGCAAGAAGAGGAGAAAGCUGAGAUCCAAGAGCAUGGCUAUCUCAGCAUUUUCCAACAAAAGAGCCCCUGCCAAACAUUUCGCCAAGACCUGAACACCUUCAAAGCACAGGUCAGCACCACACUUAAUGUCCUGCCCCCUCCGACUGUAAAGUGUCAACAAAUGACAGUCUCAGGGAGACACUUAACUGUCCUCAAAGUGGUAAAUGGGAGUUCUCAGGAGGAAGUGUGUGUGCGUGAUGUCAAAAUCCUCCCCAACUUCAAUGCUUCAUACUUACCAAUGAUGCCAGAUGGCUCGGUUCUGCUGGUGGACAACGUUUGUCAUCAGUCAGGAGAAGUUGCCAUGGCAUCAUUUUACAGAAUGGACAGUGAGUCCAGUCACCUUCCCAGCAUGCUCAGUGCUCUAGAGGAGCAGAACUUUCUCUUCCAGCUGCAGCUCAAUAACCAGCCACAAGAUGAUUCAAAUGAGGGACUAGAGGUGCCGUUAGUUGCAGUCUUACAGUGGUCCACUUCUAAAUUGCCCUUCACCAACUCUAUCUACACUCACUAUAGUCUCCCUAGUGUGAGACUUGACCGUCCGCGCUUCAUUAUGACCGCCAGCUGCCCCAGUGCUGUCAAGGCUCAUGAGCAUUUCCGGGUGCGAUAUACCCUUCUGAACAACUUGCAGGACUUCCUGGCAGUCCGACUAGUCUGGACGCCUGAAGGUCGUGGACAGAAAGAGGAUCCUGCAGUGAAUGCAGUGGUUUGUCAUUCUCCUCUCAGUAAUCUGGGUUACUGUCGAAAGGGCAGUACACUUUCCGUCAGUGUGGCUUUCCAGGUACUCCGAGCAGGUCUUUUUGAGUUGAGUCAGCACAUGAAACUAAAGCUACAGUUCACAGCGUCCGUGUCCAACCCUCCUCCUGAUGCUCGUCCUUUGUCCCGCAAGAACAGUCCGUCAAGUCCAGCGGUCAGAGAUAUUCUGGACCGACAUCAGGCCAGUCUUAGUCUGGGCCGCUCUCAGUCCUUUUCUCACCAGCAACCAUCAAAGUUUCACCUCACAAGGACAGGCAGUGUUAUGGAGCGCAGGGCCAUCACCCCUCCCGUGGGCUCUCCUGUUGGACGGCCGCUGUACCUCCCUCCAGACAGGAACAUCUUGUCACUCGACAAAAUUGCCAAGCGUGAGUGCAAGGUGCUUGUAUUGGAUUCACACACCUGAAUCCAAACACACACACACACACACACACACAGGGAUACAAAGUAGGGAUAUUUUUUUAACUUUGGCAAAGAAUCAUUUGUCAUGAAGUAGUGUAAAUCGAAGGCGCUGUUUAAUGUCUGUCAGUUUCAGUUCAGAAUAUAUUUAUUUUGUUUUCGUUUUACCAGCAUUCAUUGUUUACGUCCUGUACAGUACGUGUUUUUGAUAGUUUCGACAGAAGGAAUGAAAAGAAAGCAUAAACACAAACAGGUUUUU